AUGGAGCUGCAACUGUGGCAAGGACAGGCCAAUGAGCUUGAAGAGAAGGCAGUCAUCUUUUGGACUGACAUUUUCCAUGGAAGUAACUACCACAUGGCCAUGCAUGCCUGGGGAAGGGUGGCCAAUGCUGAAGCAGUGGUGCAAUGUCAUGCUGCUAUGUGCCACCAGUGCUGCAUUCAAAUGAGCAGCAUGGCAGUAUCUGACCCAAAUGCCAGAGGUCACAGAGACAAUACCCUACCAUGGAUCUGGACAAUGGAUGUACCAAGGGACAUGGCCACUAAUGAUUGGAUGUCAGAAUUCUACAGAGUCAAUUGGCUCCAGAUGAGGGCACUGUGGGACAGAUGGAAGGAGGAGGUUCAGCUGUUGAAAUGUGAACAGGAGUGGACUAAAAACUUCUUUGAAAACAAGUAUGACAUCUCAUCUUUCAUGCCAUACUUGGGAAUAAGGUUUUGUCACCUUGUCACUGCCAUGAAGAAGCUGGAUUGGUCUGAAUACUGGCACACUAGUUGGUAUCAACAUUUCCUGGCAGAAGUGGUAAGCCACUGUUCCUGUGGUGGUGCAAUGGUUGAUAGUGGUACAGGGAUUAAGGAGUGCCAUGUCAAACUGGCUACUACCAUGUCCCAUGCAUGGUGGCAGAAUGACAGCAGCAAAGUGGAAUUGGGAUAUGAGAGGAGACCUCUGUGGAACGUAAUUACAGAAGCCAUGGAAUUUUUUGCAGGAGUAUCAGUUGUGUGGGUGGAGUCGGUGUUGAACAUGCGGGAAUGA